CGGAGCAGGCGGCCUUUGCGGCCGGCGCUGGGGCGGAGAGUUUGCGCCGGUCCCUGGGCCUGAGCUCCGGCUCGGGCUGGGGCGCCGGCGAUGUCUCAAGAUGGCGGAGCUGGGCGAGUUAAAGCACAUGGUGAUGAGUUUCCGGGUGUCUGAGCUCCAGGUGCUCCUUGGCUUCGCUGGCCGGAACAAGAGUGGACGGAAGCACGAGCUCCUGGCCAAGGCCCUGCACCUCCUCAAGUCCAGCUGUGCCCCCAGUGUCCAGAUGAAGAUCAAAGAACUUUACCGCAGGCGCUUUCCCCGGAAGACCCUGGGCCCCUCUGAUCUUUCCCUGCUCUCCUUGCCGCCUGGCACCUCUCCUGUAGGCUCCCCAGGCCCCCUAGCUCCCAUUCCUCCCUCCCUUCUCACCCCUGGCACCUUGCUGGGCCCUAAGCGUGAGGUGGACAUGCACCCUCCUCUGCCCCAGCCUGUGCACCCCGAUGUCACCAUGAAGCCACUGCCUUUCUAUGAAGUCUAUGGGGAGCUCAUCCGGCCCACCACCCUCGCAUCCACCUCCAGCCAGAGGUUUGAGGAAGCGCACUUUACGUUUGCACUAACCCCUCAGCAGGUGCAGCAGAUCCUCACAUCCAGGGAGGUUCUGCCAGGAGCCAAGUGCGAUUACACCAUACAAGUGCAGCUAAGGUUCUGUCUCUGUGAGACCAGCUGCCCCCAGGAGGACCAUUUCCCCCCUAACCUCUUUGUCAAGGUUAAUGGGAAACUCUGCCCCCUGCCGGGUUACCUCCCCCCCACCAAGAACGGCGCUGAGCCCAAGAGGCCCAGCCGCCCAAUCAACAUCACAUCCCUGGCUCGGCUCUCAGCCACCGUCCCCAACACCAUCGUGGUUAAUUGGUCAUCUGAGUUUGGACGGAAUUACUCCUUGUCUGUGUACCUGGUGAGGCAGUUGACUGCAGGAACCCUUCUCCAAAAACUCAGAGCGAAGGGGAUCCGGAAUCCGGACCAUUCCCGGGCACUGAUCAAGGAGAAACUGACGGCUGAUCCUGACAGUGAAGUGGCUACUACAAGUCUCCGGGUGUCACUCAUGUGCCCGCUAGGGAAGAUGCGCCUGACCGUCCCAUGCCGCGCCCUUACCUGUGCCCACCUGCAGAGCUUCGACGCUGCCCUUUAUCUACAGAUGAAUGAGAAGAAGCCAACAUGGACGUGUCCAGUGUGUGAUAAGAAGGCUCCCUAUGAAUCUCUCGUUAUUGACGGUUUAUUCAUGGAAAUUCUUAACUCCUGCUCGGAUUGUGAUGAGAUCCAGUUCAUGGAGGAUGGAUCCUGGUGUCCAAUGAAACCUAAGAAGGAGGCAUCUGAGGUUUGCCCCCCGCCAGGGUAUGGGCUGGAUGGCCUCCAGUAUAGCUCAGUCCAAGAGGGGAAUCCAUCAGAGAACAAGAAGAAGGUUGAAGUGAUUGACUUGACAAUCGAAAGCUCAUCAGAUGAGGAAGAUCUGCCCCCACCCAAGAAGCACUGCCCUGUCACAGCGGCCGCCAUUCCAGCCCUUCCUGGAGGCAAAGGAGUCCUGACAUCUGGUCACCAGCCAUCUUCGGUGCUGCGGAGCCCUGCCAUGGGCACACUGGGCAGCGAUUUCCUGUCCAGUCUCCCACUACAUGAGUACCCACCUGCCUUCCCACUGGGGGCCGACAUCCAAGGUUUAGAUUUAUUUUCUUUCCUUCAGACUGAGAGUCAGCACUAUGGUCCUUCUGUCAUCACGUCGCUCGAUGAACAGGACACCCUGGGCCACUUCUUCCAGUACCGGGGAACCCCCUCCCACUUCCUGGGCCCGCUGGCCCCCACACUGGGAAGUUCUCACCGCAGCUCCACUCCAGCGCCCCCUCCUGGCCGUGUCAGCAGUAUUGUGGCUCCUGGGAGUUCCUUGAGGGAAGGGCACGGAGGACCCCUGCCUUCAGGCCCCUCUUUGACUGGCUGUCGGUCAGAUGUCAUUUCCUUGGACUGAGUUUCUUGGAUCGUGAAACUUUCAUUGGCCCCCAGCACUGAGCAGAUGUGCUGUGGGUUCCCAACCCCUGGGUACCCUGAUCCCUCAGGGGACUUUGGCCAGAGGCCAGACCAGGCCUUCAUGGAUUCCUGCUUUUGGCCUUAUCUCUGCCUAACGAGGCUGGUACUCAAAGGGUUAACAUUUAACCUGUUCUAAAGGGUGUUGGGGUCUGUCUUUGGAAGUGUUCUUCGAUGGUGGCACAUUCCUUGGGGUAUGGUGACCUAGGCAGUGGGAGGCAGAUGGAGGGUUAGGGGCUGAGGGAAGAGGGGUUCCUCAGCCUUUACCAGAUCUACAGCCUUUUGGGGAAAAGGCAUGUUCCUGGCCCUCCAGACGCCUUCCCUUCCCAAACCCAAACAUCUGUCCUUUUCAUGUCCAUUCCGUUCUCUUUGGCCACACAGUCAGGUGGCAGAUCUGAGACAUGAAACUUCAGAGAUGGACAGAGAUCUCUAUUUUGGGUUGCGGAUUUCUUUUUUGUACAUAACUAAGAAAACCCCAAAUUAUCCAAAGAUGACUUCCCCUGCCUUUUCCUUCCCAGUAUGACUUGAGGAGGAAACAAGGUCUUAGUCCUGAUUCCCAGGGGCUCGGGAGCAGGGCAUGGCCUGCCUACUGCCUGGGUCUCUCUAUUUAUAUAUUUAAGUUCACAAUGUUUCUUAUGCUAAACAACCAAGGGCCUACGCUUCUAGUGACCUGUGGCCAGGCCUAGAUCAUUCUGCACCUUUUGUGGGAUGUGGGGACUCUGCGUUCUCCUUCCCACUCCUCAGGCCCCUUUAGGGCCAAGGCCCUAUGUUGUGAUGUUACUUUUUAUCCUCAGAGUUGUAGCAGAGUUCUCACCUACAAUAAAGGUUGUGAACGUUC